UAAUCCUUUCAAAAUGACAUCUGACAUAAAAUUGGUCGUGGCCCCUUUAAGAGUGGGUGUUGCGACACUCGCUUUACGGCAUUGCCUCCAGCAGUGUGCAGUGAGUUAGUUUUGAGUGAAGAGAGAGCAGAUCGCAUGCUAGAGCUCCCGGUUUUGAUCAAAUAAACACCUAAUUAAGGUUUGAUGAGAUCGUCUAUUAAGAACGCAUGAGAGUUUGUGUGCACUGAAUCUGGGUUGAUCACGCGUGAAACACGUGCAAAGACUGGCCUCUACCGUAUUUCAUUCCGGAAAUUGUACUAGGCUAUUGUUAUUGUGUUAGCCUGAUGUAUUCAUCCCUGGCAUUGUAUUUAAUUUGAUUUGAUUUGAUUUAAAUCAGUUAAUCAGUUGUCUUUCAUACUAAAUUUGUACAUCAAGAAACCGAAACAAUUUAACCAGUACAAUUUUAUUUUUUGUUCAUAAUUACUGGCUCCUUUCGACCGCUGACCUACAUAGAGGCAGCAGCCAGAAUAAAGCCCCAAAGUAAUUUAUUUUGUAUCCUGUGUUGUUUCAAUUAACCACUGGCUACAUAAUUUGGUACCAGGAGUGGGGUUUCUGGCUGUUGGGAGCUAAAAAGAAAAAUUUUGGUUUGAAAAUACGGUAGAGGUGAAGAUAGGUUUCUGUGGAACACGGAGUGGAGGCUGUCUUCUGGGGUCCAGGCGGUAGUCCAGUGAACAGAGGUCGGUUGGAAGAGACUUGGCGGUGACGGUACUGCUGGAGGGGGAGGAAGAGUGCUCUACCUCCGCCGGAAUCCACAGAGUGCUGUGUGCUUAGAAACCUAUCCAGAGACAGUCAAAGAGAAAUACAGAAGUAUCAAAAGAAUUGAAAACAUAUCCUUUUGCUUCUAAAAGAGUGCAAACUGAUUAAGAGACUGUUUAUUUUUUUUUUUGUCAACUGUUUUGUCGUGUACAGCUGAGUUAAUUUGUACAUUUGAAAAAUGUCACAGUCAGAUGAUGAUGCACAGGGUGCAGAAAGUAAUAUGCAUGACAUUCAGGGACAACUUAGAGAACUUAGCCGUAAACAUGAAGAGACUAGAGCAGCCAUCGCUAAUCUGAGCAAAGAGCCGUCCAGGUCUUAUAUUUACGUACCUAGAGAACGUCAGAUACAACCAUUUAGUGGUGAUUUAAGCAAAGAUGGGAGAAAUGUUGACGAGUUUAUUGAGGAAGUAGAGAGGGUGCUGCUGGUCCGAAAUCAGUCCACAGAGGAUCAGUUAGACUUCGUCCUGUCACUCCUAAGAGGUGCAGCUUUAGAGGAGGUCAGGUUACGAAUGGGAAAUGAGUCAGAUGAAACAUGUGACCUCUUUGAAUAUCUGAGAGCGGCUUUUCGAGAGAAACGCAGCAUAUCACAGCUAUUGCAGACCUUCUAUAGUCGUAAACAAAGGGAAGGUGAAGAUAUCCGUGCAUACUCGCAUGCGUUGUCACAGAUUCAGAACUCCAUCCUGAAACAGUCACCAAAUGCAAUGACUAACACAAGUUCAGCUAUUCGGGAUCAAUUCAUUGAGGGCAUUAGAGAUGCUGGCCUCAGAAGAGAACUUCGUAAGCUUGUAAGAGACAAACCAGAGUCCACACUUAUCGAUGUGCGUGACGAAGCUCUCCUGUGGUUUUUAGAAGAUCCAAAGCCUCAUGUCACAAAAGUGGUCAGCAGUCGAAAUGUUGUUUCUGAGACACCUGAUGCUCAGUGUGCUGCUAUUAAUGUACCUGAAACAAAACCAGUGAGUCUGGAAGACGUUUUGAAAAUUGUAGCAGAACAAGGAAAGGUUAUCGGGGAACUUACAAAAGCAGUUGAGAAACUCACAGCACAGGGCAGCCAGUCAGAACCUAUAAAUCAAACUAGACCCAAGAUGCAACCAAGGUUUACAGAAGAUGGCCAACCGAUAUGUUUCCGUUGCAAUGGUGUAGGACACAUCGCUAGGAGGUGCGUGAGGAAGAACAGACAGACUGUCGCAGAAACUGCUACUACCCCCGUACCUCCGGGAAAUGCUCACCCUCGUUUGCUGUGAGCCAGGCAGUUCGGGGGCAAUCCAUUGGCUCAACUAACAUGGAUACUAGCCGUGACAGACUACUCGAGCGUGCUGUGGGAAAAUGUCCUGUUGCUAACCUAAGUAUCAAUGGAGUGAGUGUUGCGUGUCUACUGGACACAGGGAGCCAAGUCAGCACUAUUUCAGAGAGUUUCU